AUCUAAUCCAACCCAUUUGAAAUAAAGAUUUAAAUGAGAAAAUUUAAGUUGGAGGAGAAUUAUCCAAAAAAUGAACGUCGUCUUCCAGGCUGCCUCACACGCUUGAGUUUGGCGGCCAUGGAAGAAAUGGCAGAAACACAAAGGCCACAAGAACCACUCAUUUGAAAUCGUGGACGCAACCCAACUGAGAGAUCAUUUUUAACUCCAACAACAACAAGAAGAUGCAGAGUUAAGCCCUCGAUCACCAUGGCUCCCUGUUCUUCCUCCUCUGUUCUCCUCCAUUGAAAUCCAUGCUCAAUAUUCUCUCUGGAUAAUCCUCCUCCUUCUCCAUCAGCCAUGUCUCUCGCUCAUUGCUUGUUCUCAACUUCCAGAGCUCUCACCAAAUCUCAUCCUCCUUCUCCCUCUGUUUUACCCAACAAUCGCCCAUCUUUCUUCUUACUCCAAACCCAGAUUCUCAAUAGACAUUAUUUCUUGGCUCACAAGCCUUACCACUGUUCUUCCACUUCGAGAUUCAAGCACCCUUUUGCCGGAAUAUCCUCGUUUGCUGAAGCAGACGGCGGAGGAAAACAGGAAACCAUUCAAUUCAGUAAGAAUCAUGAGGUUGAGAAAGCUGCAGGGGAAGAGGAAUUACCCGGGAUGGCUCAGGCUUUUCACAUUUCUUCAAGGACUGCCACUGUUAUUAUAACAUGUAUAGCAUUUUCAGCGCUCAGUUUCCCACUUUUCAUGAAGUCUUUGGGGCAGGGUUUGGCUUUGAAGACCAAGAUUCUGUCGUAUGCCACUUUGUUGUUUGGGUUUUAUAUGGCUUGGAAUAUUGGAGCCAAUGAUGUGGCUAAUGCUAUGGGGACCUCUGUCGGCUCCGGCGCAUUGACGCUCCGGCAGGCGGUGGUCACAGCGGCGGUUUUGGAAUUCUCUGGGGCGUUACUUAUGGGAACCCAUGUCACCAGCACAAUGCAAAAUGGGAUUCUUGUGGCUGGUGUGUUUCAGGGAAAGGAUAUGCUGCACUUUGUUGGGCUGCUUUCGUCUUUGGCUGCCGCUGGUUCUUGGCUGCAGAUUGCAUCAUAUUAUGGAUGGCCCGUCUCGACCACGCAUUGUAUAGUGGGAUCAAUGGUUGGAUUUGGUCUUGUCUAUGGCGGAGUUGGAGCUGUCUUCUGGGGCUCAUUGGCGAGAGUUGCUUCUUCAUGGGUGAUUUCUCCAUUAAUUGGAGCACUGGCCUCAUUCCUUGUCUACAAGUGCAUUCGUAGGUUUGUGUACAGUGCAAAGAACCCAGGACAGGCAGCUGCAGCAGCUGCACCGUUACUCGUAUUCCUCGGCGUAACUGGAAUAUCAUAUAUAUCAUUUCCAUUGAGUAAGAAUCUUAAAUGGGUUGUAGCACAGGCAGUAGGCUUUGGAGUAGUAGGAGCAUUCCUUGUCUACAAAAUAAUUCAGAGACAACUUGGGCAUCUACUCAACAAAGCUGCUGCUUCGUCUAUGAAGAAGGCAGACGAGAGUACAACUGAGGAGAAAAACAUUGGAUUUCUAGAUGAGAUAGCAGGUCCAAAGGGAACUCAAUUGGAGAUAGUUUAUGGGGUAUUUGGAUAUAUGCAGGUUCUUUCUGCUUGCUUUAUGUCAUUUGCUCAUGGUGGAAAUGAUGUAUCAAAUGCAAUCGGCCCCUUGGCUGCUGCGUUGUCGAUACUUCAUGGCAGUGUCGGUGGCGCCGAGAUUGUCAUUCCACUUGAUGUUCUUGCUUGGGGAGGGUUUGGAAUUGUAGCCGGGUUGAUGAUAUGGGGCUAUAGAGUGAUAGCAACCAUUGGGAAGAAGAUUACAGAGCUCACACCAACAAGAGGAUUUGCAGCGGAAUUUGCUGCUGCUUCUGUGGUUCUAAUUGCAUCUAAACUGGGUUUGCCAAUCUCAGCAACACAUACAUUGGUUGGUGCAGUCAUGGGGGUUGGCUUUGCUAGGGGACUCAACAGUGUUAGAUCAGAAACUGUGAGAGAGAUUGUUCUUUCUUGGGCUGUGACCAUUCCUGUUGGUGCUUUCCUUUCAGUUCUCUAUACAUGGAUCUUGACCAAGCUGUUGGCGUAUGUUUUAUGACGCAUGUAUGUCGAGAAUUUCAGAUAUGCCUCUUCAAACAAUUUGUGUAUUUGGUUCAUUCAAUAUAUCUUCUUCCUUUCCCAAAUGGGAAUCGCUUGUUUAUAUACAGCAUCAAUGAAGCAACUGGUGUGUUGCUUGUUUUCA